UCAUCUGGAGAAGCAGCUGACCGGAACCGGAAGCUGGACUUGUAAAGCGAAGAAAACCCAGAGCGCUCGGCCUCCGCAGCUAUUUCAUCUUCUGCUGUACCUGGAGGUUGACAGCUCUGUGUAAGGAGUAGAUCUUGUCACCAUGGCUCUCAGCGAUGCUGACGUCCAAAAGCAGAUCAAACACAUGAUGGCUUUCAUUGAACAAGAAGCAAAUGAGAAGGCCGAAGAAAUCGAUGCAAAGGCAGAAGAAGAGUUCAACAUUGAGAAAGGUCGUCUUGUGCAAACGCAGAGGCUAAAGAUAAUGGAAUAUUAUGAAAAGAAGGAGAAACAAAUUGAACAGCAGAAGAAAAUUCAGAUGUCCAACUUGAUGAAUCAGGCAAGAUUGAAAGUCCUCAGAGCCAGAGAUGACCUUAUCUCAGACUUAUUAAAUGAAGCAAAGCAGAGACUUGCCAAAGUAGUGAAAGAUACAACCAGGUAUCAGGUACUUUUGGAUGGUCUGGUCCUUCAGGGUUUAUACCAAUUGCUGGAGCCACGAAUGAUUGUCCGUUGCAAGAAAGAUGAUAUCCCUCUCGUCACGGCUGCAGUGCAAAAAGCAAUCCCUAUGUACAAGAUUGCAACCAAAAAAGAUGUUGAUGUCCAAGUUGAUCAGGAGGCAUACCUGGCAGAGGAAAUAGCUGGAGGUGUUGAGAUCUAUAAUGGGGAUCGUAGAAUAAAAGUUUCUAAUACCCUAGAAAGUAGACUGGAUCUUAUAGCCCAACAGAUGAUGCCAGAAGUCCGUGGGGCCUUGUUUGGUGCUAAUGCCAACAGGAAAUUUUUGGACUAGACCUCUGAUGAGGUGGGAUCCAUUCCAUCUGCUGUAUUGAUGAGUUAUAAGUGUCUAAAAAUGAAGAAACAACUAUCAAUGUACCUCCUUUUUGAUGUUCUGACACUGUCCUAUGUUCUUCAGUGGAAUAGCCUUUGUGUAAAAUGCUGUCAGCCUAAAUGUUAACUUUGGGAGAGGGUUUAUGAACUUUUAAACUGUCAAGAAGUAACCUAGUUCAUCUAGAAGUGGCUAAGUUCUGAUCUCCUCUACAUUCUAGGGACAAGGGGAAUACAUAUCAGUUGCAUGGUUUUCACUGAAUCCUUCUGUGAUCUGCCUUAGAUUGGAGUGAACUGUGUGUGUGAGGUAUAUCAUAGCCUCUUUGCAUUUGAUUUCUAUAGGUUACUUUAAUAUGCAUAAGGAGCAUGCAUUCACUCUCACAUUAAUAGCAUUAUCCUUGUUAACUCUCUGGGCUUAGAGGCUUUCCUCAGUUAUAUGUGAUUCAAAAACCCAAGCUAUGAAUAUGCUUUAUUUAUUAAAAUAAAAAAUACGUGGAUCAAACUAUAACAAUCUUUUAUUUAGGACAUUUACAGAUUUGAGAGAUGAGGUGAAAUGCUUAGGGUGUUAUCUAGGAAAGAAUGACUUUCUACCUACUUUGGAGCAUUUACUUCACAAAUUAUUACAUUUCCUAUUAACCUCAUUUUAAAAGUCUGUACCAGGUCUGUGUCUUAUUCUCUGAUCUCAUACGAUGUAGUAAGAAAGUACAUCCCAUUUAGGGAUUCUAAGACUUUUAGUAGGAAAACAUUUUUAUUCAUUUGGGCUAAUUUGUGAGUUAUGAUCUAUUUACAUUCAAGAGCACAUAACCAUGUUAGCACCAUCCACUACAAUCUUUUUCCUGCUACAAUAGUCUUGGGAUGGGUGGGAAAGAUCUGGCCUUUGUAUUCCUUCCUUCUUGGGAAAUGAAAACAUUUGUAAGCUCAAUGUUUUUUCAAAGCCGACUUAGGGAAUUCUGAAUAAUUAUAACUAAGGUAAGGAUAAAUGACUUCUCCAAGAUCUCCCCCCAUUGAUGGUAGAAGCAGAACGUGCGGCGCUCAUUCGUGCAUAAAAUGUAAUUAAUGAUAUAAAGAAACUGGUAAUGGUGCUUUGUUCAUUGCUUGGUUUAAUGUUUAUUUUGUUCAGAUAAGAUACAAAGAUUGUUGGCCUAAAAAAAUGACAGCUAGUAUUCACUCUAGCUUUUCAUAGAAUGAGAUCUUAAGCAAUCUUUUUUACCUCUGACAUUAAUUAUCAAGAGUACUGAGGCUUGCUCAGGGACUACUUUCAGGAAGAGUGUCAUGCAUAUAGUUGAACUGACUUUUCCCAGAGGAUGCUUAUCAGCUGUAGUCACCCUGAUCCAAGGAACUGGCCACAGUCUGGAGUUGGUAGGUUCCCAUAAUUAUCACUUCCAAACUUCUGAUUUUUUCCCAAUGUCUGAAAUUAAUUCCUAGUUUCAUAACUAAGAAUUAAUAUGACCAGAUACAUUCUCAGUGUUUAGCAGCUGUUAAAUUAAAAGGAGUAUUGUUA